AUGAGACGAUUUACGAGGCGCCUAAAAAACCCCUGUCUUCUCCCCUCCCAUGUGCGUGUGUGCAGCAAGCAGCGCAAGAAGAGCCCGCUGUACCGUGUCAUGCUGCACAACGACAACUUCAACCGCCGCGAAUACGUCGUGCAGGUACUCAUGAAGUGCGUGCCGGGCAUGACAGUGGACCAGGCGGUCAACAUCAUGCAGGAGGCGCAUGUGAACGGCAUGGCGUGUGUGCUCAUCUGUGUGCAGCACGAGGCGGAGGAGGUGUGCCUCAACCUGCGCAGCAAUGGACUCGUCAGCUCCAUUGAACCCGCCUCCUCGUCCGGGGCUUAA